AUGGCGCCCAAGCGUCGAUGCCCAGUGUGUCAAUCUAAAAAGUGGCGCAAGGAAGCCUCUAGCGGCCAAAUCGUGUGCAGUGAGGGCCAUGUGAUGCAGAACUAUCGCAACGAGGCGGCUGAUGAAGAAAUCGGACCACAUGUGCUCAAGAAACGCACGCUAAAACAGGACCGGCAGACGAAGGAAAGGUCUCGCGUUGACCCCAAGUUGUACCACGGCGCACGCGGUCUAUACCACUACUAUCAGUGUCAGCAGCUCAUCCUGCGUCACCAGGUUGCUGUUCUUGUUCGAGAAUGGUCGCUACCGUCCGAAUUCGAGGUAAUGAUUUGCAAGGACGUCUGGGCUUUACACUUAUCGCUACUUCCCACUCCACCCUCGGCUGAGCCGUAUUUCCAUUCGCAAGGCAUAGACGAUGGCGCCGCUCUCGCCGGUGCAACGCGUGCUUCGCGUAGAGUCAAAGUCGAGGACGGUAAACCACCGGGGGAUGAUAGCGAGGGUGAAGGGGACGAUGCUGAGCUGCAAAGCCUAAACGAGUUCGGAGAUGGAGCGGGCGAUGAUGAACUCGCAGGUCUUCUUCGUGAAAACAGUGAUUACUCGUCAAGCUCAGAUCUCGAAGAGCCGAAUGGUUCUCGAUCUGAGCUUGAGGAUGGUGAGCGGGCUCGGAGUAGUGGCAGUGGAAGGAAGGGGAGACCCAAAGGCAGGAACACUUACGAGGGGUUGCAGGGUACUCUGUCAGUUUUAAUCGUCGGCAUGUGGAUUCUGCGAGUGCCCUUCAUGUACUCUGACAUCAUCCGGCUGAUAGAUUCCUUCGAACUGCCUUACCUUGGGGCUCUUCGUUUGUUACCCCGCGAUAUGGCGCUACAUCUGACGAAGUAUAACUCUGCUUCAUUGUCACCUGCUCACUCGCCCCAAGUUCUUGUACUUCACGCUCUGGUGUCGCGCCUAGCGAAGCGUCUGAAAGCGACUUAUAUGGUAGUUAUCCCGGAGGUGAAUGGUGGACCGCUCCUCUGGAGGGUGACAAAGGCUUUCGGCGGCACACCGAUACUCUACUCCCUUACCAAACGACUUGGCGAUGUACUGUCGCUACCCCUGACACUUCAUUAUAGCCUAUCCCCAGAUUUGGUACGGCUCGCCAAGAGCCACCCCGGAAGCCACAAGUAUGAUAACGUCCCCCCUGAACUGGCACUGGCAAUUACGACAGUCAUCGUCCUCAAAUUGGUUUACGGCUUGGACGGAACAAGGAGAAUACCUCAAGAUGGCGAAGAUCCCGCCAGUUGGUUACCCAAACCGGAAGAAUUCCUGGAUGCGCUGAAAAUGGCAAGUGAAAGCGAUGCAAAGCGCGACUCCGUACUAUUCUCCGCUUCAUCACCAAUGUCAGUCGCUGAUCUGGAUGAUGAUAAGGUUGACGCGUACCUACGGUUCUGCGAACGUGCACUUGUUGGAGAAGACGGGAGUGCAUCAAUUGGAGGGUCUCCUGUGCUGAACAGGUUCUUUCCCUUAAACGAACAUGAUGCAUGGGGGCGAGAAUGUUCUUUCAACCGGGCAAUCUACCCGGAGAGGCCACUUGAUGCCAACCUUCCGUUGUCAUCUACCAAUGGGGACGAGGCAACGAGAGUUCUGCCUGCCGAACAGUAUCCCAUCUACCACGCCCGUGAUGUAUUUGGAAGUCUUGAGGAAGACAUUGAAUUGGUGUUGGAGCGGGUGGGGACAGUUGUCGGGGUCCCUGUAGAAUAUGUUUUGCGCGUGUUGGAGAACUACGAGAGACGAGUUGCUGGGUGGUGGAAGUCUUUGAAGCGGAGGUCGAAGGAGAUGAGGAUGAGGGGCGGCGGCCAAGAUGAUGAGCUAAUCGAAGAUGACUAA